AGCAAACUCGAUCUAGAGAGUGGUAGACUAGUCCUCACAAAAUCUAUAAAUAGCAGCGUCCGCCCAUCAAAGAAAACGCAGUAGAAACAGAGAGCGAGUCGCCAGCUGUCGGAACAGAGCCCAAGUAGCUUAUAGGAACCACCAGCAAGUCUGUAAUCAGCUGCUCAGACAUGUCGAUCGUGAGGCGCAGCAACAUCUUCGACCCCUUCUCCCUCGACCUCUGGGACCCCUUCGACGCCUUCCGCGCCCUCACCGAGUCCCGUCCCAGCAGCUUCGUGAGCGACACCUCCGCCUUCGCCAACACGCGCGUGGACUGGAAGGAGACGCCCGAGGCGCACGUGUUUAAGGCGGACCUGCCGGGGGUGAAGAGGGAGGAGGUGAAGGUGGAAGUGGAGGAAGGCGGCAUCCUCCAGAUCAGCGGCGAGCGCAGCAAGGAGAAGGAGGAGAAGACCGACAAGUGGCACCGCGUGGAGCGCAGCAGCGGCAAGUUCCUACGCAGGUUCCGCCUGCCGGAGAAUGCCAAGCUGGACGAGGUGAAGGCCACCAUGGAGAAUGGGGUGCUCACCGUCACUGUGCCAAAGACCGAGGUCAAGAAGCCUGAGGUCAAGGCUAUUGAGAUCUCCGGUAAUUGAGUACAUUGCCAUCAGUGGAGCUUCACCCUAUAACGAUAGUGGUUUGAAUUUGAAAGAAAAUGGAGAUAAAUCCGUUAAGAAUAAAAGUAUGUUGGUCAGUGUAGUAUGUGUGAUGUUAAUUUCCUUCGAGUGAGUGUCGGUGUUGAUUAUCCUUGUUCGUUUUUCCAAGGUUUGUUCUGUAUUAGUCGGGUGUUGAUUAUCCUUGUUCGAGUGUUUCCGAGGUUUGUUCUGUAUUAAUCGAGCUUGACCAAGUAAGUAAAUAAAAAUUAUUUUAGUAUCUUC